AUGAAGAAAAAAGAAAGUGGUCUAAUUAUCAAAAGUGGUGAAAUCGGUUGUGAAAUUGGUGAAAGUGGUGAAAUCGGUUGUGAAAUUGGUGAAAGUGGUGAAAUAGGCUGUGAAAUCGGUGGUGAAAUUGGUGAAAGUGGUGAAAUAGGCUGUGAAAUCGGUUGUGAAAUUGGUGAAAGUGGUGAAAUAGGCUGUGAAGUCGGUUGUGAAAUUGGUGAAAGUGGUGAAAUAGGCUGUGAAGUCGGUUGUGAAAUUGGUGAAAUUGGUGAAAUAGGCUGUGAAGUCGGUUGUGAAAUUGGUGAAAUUGGUGAAAUAGGCUGUGAAAUCGGUGGUGAAAUUGGUGAAAUUGGUGAAAUAGGCUGUGAAGUCGGUUGUGAAAUUGGUGAAAGUGGUGAAAUAGGCUGUAAAGUCGGUUGUGAAAUUGGUGAAAUUGGUGAAAUAGGCUGUGAAAUCGGUGGUGAAAUUGGUGAAAUUGGUGAAAUAGGCUGUGAAGUCGGUUGUGAAAUUGGUGAAAGUGGUGAAAUAGGCUGUGAAAUCGGUUGUGAAAUUGGUGAAAGUGGUGAAAUAGGCUGUGAAGUCGGUUGUGAAAUUGGUGAAAGUGGUGAAAUAGGCUGUGAAGUCGGUUGUGAAAUUGGUGAAAUUGGUGAAAUAGGCUGUGAAGUCGGUUGUGAAAUUGGUGAAAGUGGUGAAAUAGGCUGUGAAAUCGGUUGUGAAAUUGGUGAAAUUGGUGAAAUAGGCUGUGAAGUCGGUUGUGAAAUUGGUGAAAGUGGUGAAAUAGGCUGUGAAAUCGGUUGUGAAAUUGGUGAAAGUGGUGAAAUAGGCUGUGAAGUCGGUUGUGAAAUUGGUGAAAUUGGUGAAAUAGGCUGUGAAAUCGGUGGUGAAAUUGGUGAAAUUGGUGAAAUAGGCUGUGAAGUCGGUUGUGAAAUUGGUGAAAGUGGUGAAAUAGGCUGUGAAGUCGGUUGUGAAAUUGGUGAAAGUGGUGAAAUAGGCUGUGAAAUCGGUUGUGAAAUUGGUGAAAGUGGUGAAAUAGGCUGUGAAGUCGGUUGUGAAAUUGGUGAAAGUGGUGAAAUAGGCUGUGAAAUCGGUUGUGAAAUUGGUGAAAGUGGUGAAAUAGGCUGUGAAGUCGGUUGUGAAAUUGGUGAAAUUGGUGAAAUAGGCUGUGAAGUCGGUGGUGAAAUUGGUGAAAUUGGUGAAAUAGGCUGUGAAGUCGGUUGUGAAAUUGGUGAAAGUGGUGAAAUAGGCUGUGAAGUCGGUUGUGAAAUUGGUGAAAUUGGUGAAAUAGGCUGUGAAAUCGGUGGUGAAAUUGGUGAAAUUGGUGAAAUAGGCUGUGAAGUCGGUUGUGAAAUUGGUGAAAUUGGUGAAAUAGGCUGUGAAGUCGGUUGUGAAAUUGGUGAAAUUGGUGAAAUAGGCUGUGAAGUCGGUUGUGAAAUUGGUGAAAGUGGUGAAAUAGGGUGUAGGAUAAAAAGGGUGGAUAAAAAGUAA